CAAGACCCUAGUGACUUUUAUUUAACAAUAUUGGUUACAAUUUCUUCCGUCAAAUACGGAAAAGAUGCAGUCGCCAUUUUGCCGUCAUCGGUUUUUACGUGUGUGUGCAGUGCAGUUUCUUCGGGACUGAAGUUCUUAAUACGUAGUCACGAAGCGUUAAUUGGCAUAUUUUUACUAAUUUUUAAUUGGUGAAAGUCAAUAAGAAAUAAUGGGACGUAAAAAGAAGAAGCAGUCCAGGCCCUGGUGUUGGUAUUGCAACCGAGAAUUUGAGGAUGAGAAAAUUCUCAUUCAGCAUCAAAAAGCAAAACAUUUUAAAUGUCACAUAUGUCACAAAAAGCUAUACACGGGACCAGGGCUUAGUAUACAUUGUAUGCAGGUACAUAAAGAAGCAAUAGAUAAGGUACCUAAUUCUUUGCCAAAUCGUAGCAAUAUUGAAAUUGAAAUUUAUGGUAUGGAAGGUAUACCACCAAAUGAUGCAAAAGAGCAUGAGAGGCAAAGAAAUGGAGGCAGACCUGGUUCGCCAAGCUCUGGCGAAGACGAACCUGUUAGAAAAAAGGCAAAACCAGAAGGUUUAUUGGGUUCUGCACCGGGAGCGAUGCCUACAGGUUCAAAUAUGAUGCCAGGCGUAAUGCCAGGUAUGGCAGCUCAUCCUGGUAUGCCACCCAUGGGACAGUUCCCACCACCCAUGCACCAUAUGAUGGGACCUAUGGGUCCUGUAGGUCCACCUUUCAUGGGACCUGGUAUGAUGCCUGGAAUGCCAGGCAUGCCUCCAGGUAUACAGCCACCUGUGUCAGGUGCAUCUAUACCACCCACACGACCGUUAUUCCCAAGUGCCGCAGCUGUUUCAACAGCUGCGUCUACAGCAGUAACUUCUCCUCUGGGCACAGAUUUUAAACCAAUUACAUCGGUGGCUGGCGGAUCUAUAGGGCCAGUUAAACCAACAUUCCCUGCUUAUAGUAAUGCAGAUAGUAAUACUACUACUAGUAAUAAUGUUGGAGGUGAUCAGAAAGUAAAUCUUAUAGCAACUACCAGUGCUGCCAUUAAAAUCAUUCACCCACCGGAGGAUCUUAGCCUAGAGGAAAUUAGGGCAAGACUUCCAAAAUAUCAGAGACGACAAAGUGAUGAAAGUAGAGUCACACAGACUGAUGUUAAUCAACAAGCUGCAGCAUUACAGCAGCAGCAACAGCAGCAGCAGCAACAACAGCAACAACAACAGCAGCAACAACAUCAGCAGCAGCAGCAAGCCGUUGCUGCUAAUGCAGCUGCUGCUUUUCAGGAUCAACAACAGAGGCAGCAAGCUGCGUUGAAUGCUCUUCAACAGCAGCAACAAAGAUUUCAGAGACCUCCACAAGCAGUAAUGGUUCCUGCAUCGGCAGCGAUGCCUGUUAGUUCCGUUGCGUUGAUGGCACCGCUUAUGCGGCCUACUAUGACUUUAGCUGCACCAGCUCUGAUUCAUGGAGGUAACAUGAUGCGACCGCCCCCCAUGGGCCUUCCACCAGGUGGGUCGAGCGGCCAACGAUAUUGCAUCAGUUCUGAUUCCUUCAACGCCGGACAGCCACACUUUGAUUUUGGACACAUCACGACCCUUUGGACGUGAAAUACCUCUUCUUGAAACUAGAGUACUCGGUAUCGGAAGCACGAUUACGCUAGAUUUAUAUUUUUAUAAUCGCGAUAUACAUAUACAUGUACUCGGUAUAUGCCUGCUUUAUCAAUUUACAAUUAGAGACAAUCGCGAUUUUACAGACAACGUUUUUUUUCCUGGAACGUUUAUAAAACGCUCUGUUGCGAAAUUGAUUCGAUUUUCGGCCGCUCGGCUGUUUCAUCGUAUAUAUUAUUAUUAUUUUCGUUUCUUUUCCGUUUCAUUAGCUUCUUUAUUCACUAUCUCGACUUGAUCAUAUUCUUCUUACGACUCACUUGCCAUUACCUCGCCAACCGUGUUAUCAUCCUAUUUCUUCAUAUUACUAUAUAGCUUGAAAUCCUGGUGUUGUGAUAUAGUAGUGAAGAAACUGCUUUUUGGGCACGGUACUGACAGUCGUUCGAAGUUGUCAUUUUGAAAAAAAAAUGAAAGGGAACUGGUGCAUAGUUUCAGUGAUUAUCCCUUCCUUCUUUAUUUUAUUUCAAGAAUUUUUUGUACCACUUUUUGUUAAUAUAUGAAAUAUCAAGUAGUUAAUUGCAUUGUUUAUUUUAGUGAUAUUUCUUUAAAAAUAUAAACUCCAAAGGUACAGAAAGAGGGAAGGGAUCAUUUGUAAAUGCCACUUUUUUUUCUAAUAUACGGUGUGUAUCAUGAAACAGACAAAGAAACGUGCAACAAGAACGAACGUAAUGUAUCUCCCUCACACCAUAGCCUAGCUUUUGUGUCACACAAACGAUUUUAGAUAAGUCGAAUCAAUCCACAGUAAGUAAAUGAUUUCACGUUAUCCAGUUUAUAUAUGAUUAUAACUGUAUACAAGUAAUUGCAGUCGUUUUAUAUAUAUUUAACUAUAAAUGCGUCUGAGUUGACAUUGUUAAACGAGGGGAUGGAAAUGUUGGUUGAAUUUUACUCUGAGAUAUAAAUGGUACCACAGGUACACGGAAUAGAAAGUUUAGAUUUACACUAGACUCUCGUUAUAUUGCCACUUUCACAUGAACUAAUAGUUCAUUAUCUUAACAAAUUUUUAACUUGGAUAUAACUUUCAUAUUUUUAAAUUUAGAAAUAUA